AUGUCGGAACAAAAAACGUACAAGCGUGUGGAGCAGGACGAUCCCGUGCCCGAACUGGACAUCAAGCAGGGACCCGUGAGAUCCUAUAUCGUUACUGACCCGAGCGCCAAAUUGGCCUCGUUGCGGUCCAUGGUUACCGUGAAGGAGAAAUUGAUCGUGGCGUGUCUGGCCAUCUUUACAGCGAUUGUCAGGCUGCAUGGUCUGGCUUGGCCAGACAGUGUGGUGUUUGAUGAAGUGCAUUUUGGCGGUUUUGCCUCGCAAUACAUUAAGGGCACCUACUUUAUGGAUGUGCAUCCUCCCUUGGCUAAGAUGUUGUAUGCUGGUGUGGCAUCGCUCGGUGGGUUCCAGGGCGAUUUCGAUUUCGAAAACAUUGGUGAUAGCUUCCCAUCUACCACGCCAUACGUGUUAAUGAGAUUUUUCUCAGCCUCUUUGGGGGCCCUCACUGUGAUUUUGAUGUACUUGACUUUACGUUACUCCGGUGUUCGUAUGUGGGUUGCGUUGAUCAGCGCACUCUGCUUUGCCGUUGAAAACUCCUAUGUCACCAUCUCUCGUUAUAUUCUAUUGGAUGCUCCGUUGAUGUUUUUCAUUGCUGCUGCCGUGUAUUCUUUCAAGAAGUACGAAAUGUACCCCGCCAACUCGUGGAAUGCCUACAAGUCUUUGUUGGCUACAGGUAUUGCCCUCGGUAUGGCUUCUUCAGCCAAGUGGGUUGGUUUUUUCACCGUUGCGUGGGUGGGCCUGCUAUGUAUUUGGAAACUAUGGUUCAUGAUCGGAGAUCUGACCAAAUCCUCCAAAUCCAUCUUUAAAGUAGCAUUCGCCAAAUUGGCCUUCUUAUUGGGUGUUCCCUUUGCCCUAUAUCUGGUUUUCUUUUAUGUCCAUUUCCAAUCGCUAUACUUGGACGGUGAUGGGGCAAGCUUUUUCUCGCCUGAAUUCAGAUCUACACUAAAGGACAACAACAUCCCACACGACGUCGUUGCUAAUGUCGGGAUCGGUUCCACUGUCAGUUUGCGCCAUCUUUCUACCAUGGGCGGUUACCUACAUUCCCAUUCGCAUAAUUACCCAGCCGGUUCAGAACAACAACAAAUCACUUUAUAUCCUCACAUGGAUGCCAACAAUGAAUGGUUGUUAGAACUGUACAACGUGCCUGGUGAAUCUUUAGUGACCUUCGAAAAUGUAACCGAUGGCACAAAGGUCAGACUAUUCCAUUCUAUUACUCAUUGUAGAUUGCAUUCCCACGACCACAAACCACCUGUUUCAGAGAGCAGCGAUUGGCAAAAGGAAGUCUCCUGUUAUGGUUAUAGCGGAUUCGACGGUGAUUCCAACGAUGACUGGGUAGUUGAGAUUGAUAAGAAGAACUCAGCUCCCGGUAUUGCUCAAGAACAAGUGAGAGCUUUGGAAACUAAGUUCAGACUGAGACAUGCCAUGACCGGUUGCUAUUUGUUCUCUCACGAAGUCAAAUUGCCAGCUUGGGGGUUUGAACAACAAGAAGUUACCUGUGCCUCCUCUGGUAGACAUGAUUUGACACUUUGGUACGUUGAAAACAACAGCAACCCAUUAUUGCCAGAAGACACCGAGCGUAUCUCUUACAAGCCAGCCAACUUCAUCUCCAAAUUUAUUGAAUCCCAUAAAAAGAUGUGGCACAUCAAUAAGAACCUGGUCGAUUCCCACGUCUAUGAAUCACAACCAACUUCAUGGCCAUUCUUAUUGCGUGGUAUUAGUUACUGGGGCGAAAAUAACAGAACCGUUUAUCUCCUGGGUAAUGCCGUAGUAUGGUGGGCUGUGACAGCCUUCAUCGGUAUCUUUGGGUUGAUUGUUAUGACUGAAUUGUUCUCGUGGCAAUUGGGCAAGCCAAUCUUGCAAGAUUCGAAGGUUGUUAACUUCCAUGUUCAAGUCAUCCAUUAUUUGUUGGGUUUCGCCAUCCAUUACGCGCCAUCCUUCUUAAUGCAACGUCAAAUGUUCUUACACCAUUACUUGCCUGCUUACUACUUCGGUAUCCUUGCCCUAGGCCAUGCCUUGGAUAUAAUAGUCAGUUAUGUCUUCCGUAACAAAGGACAAAUGGGCUAUGCUGUAUUGGUCACCUUCUUUGCUGCUUCUGUAUAUUUUUUCAAGAGUUACAGCCCACUUAUCUAUGGUACUCCAUGGACUCAAGAACUGUGUCAAAAAUCGCAGUGGUUGUCUGGUUGGGAUUACGGCUGUAAUUCCUACCUCUCUACAUUUGAAGAAUACAAAAAUCAAACUUUAACAAGCCGUGACUCCCAACCUGCCGCUACUAGUACGAUUGAAGAAAUUACUAUAGAGGAAAAUGGUCCAUCAUAUGAAGACCUCAUGAACGAAGAAGGUAAAAAAAUCUUCAAAGACACCGAAGGUAAUGAGUUAGAUCCUGAAGUUGUCAAAAAGAUGUUGGAAGAAGAUGGUGCUAACAUAUUGAAAGUAGAAAAGAGAGCUGUCUUGGAAUAA